AUCACAAAAGGACGAGUGAAACGACUCGUUUUUGACCAGGCACGUUCCCCGCGUUCUCUCCCUGCAUCUCCUUUCUUCCUGUCACUUUCGCUGCGAGCAGAGUCCGAAUUGCUACCGCCCCACCACCGCCUCCUCCGUCGCCGGCGCCGGAAAGUCGCUCGGACUCGAGAGCUGGGUCGGCAAUGAGCUCGAAGCCCUUCGACUCGGCGUCGCCGCUCGAGCCUAUCCCGAUAGACGCCUCCCUCACGCUCGUGCCGCGCGUGCGGCUCACUCUCACCGUGCACCCGGCCAACCCCUCCCACACCAGUUCCGUCGACGACUGGCAGCUCAAGAAGGCCUUGCUCGACUUCCUCAGGAGCUCCCUCGCGGCGCCGCUCUCCGUCCCCGACGGCGACCUCGAGGUGCGGCGCGUGAAGGACGUCCGGAAGCGGCGGCGCGACGAGCCGGUCGGGCACGGCUCGCUCGUGAUCCGCGACCUGGGCUUCCUGAAGGGCUCCAGGGGCUCGCGCGCUGCGGCGGAGGAGGAGGAGGGCGGGGAGGAGGGGGUUAGGGUUUUGGAGGAGAAGUACGCGGAUUGGAAGAGGUAUCUGGUGGAGAAGAUGAACGGGAUGGAUCUGGUGCUUGGGGGUGUGAAGUUCGUGCUGAGUGCCGAGAUGCCGGUCUCGGAUAGUUUCGAAGGGAUGAGGAAGGAGUGGGAGGAGUUCUACGCCUUUGGGAAUCGAGGGAAUUCGAGAGGUGGAAGGCAAGAGCCGGAUACGAUCGUGUUGCGGGGACUGCCGUCGAGGUGGUUCGCUGAGCCUAGAGUGUCGUCAAAGCCAUCGAUGUUGGUCACGCAUACGAUCUUUUCUACAUUUGGAAGUAUAAGGAAUAUCAGUGUGGCUGAUGAUGACGACUUCGGUCGGGAGAGAGAUGAGGAUACAGAUGGCUUAGUUUCAGGUCUGCAUUGCAAGAUUGUGGUCCAAUUUGAAAAGCACAGGGAUUUCCACAAUGCUAUGAAAGCUUUAUGUGGCCGAUCAUUGGAAAAGCAAGGGUCACGAUUGAGAGCUGACUAUGAGGUUUCCUGGGACAAGGAUGGCUUUUUCCGGAACUCGAGAAGUGAAACUCAAGAGAAAAGCGGCAGGAUGACUUCACUGGCUUCAGGACCAUACAGAAGCGAAGUUCCGAAACACAUUUCUCGCUACAGCCCUGAGAGAACUCGGCCAAAGAGAUUUAGGGAAUAAGGUGAGGGCUUUGCGUAAUCUUCCCAAUUCCGCAUCUCUAUGCGAAGUUGUGAAUUCUUGGGAAUUCGACGAGGGGUAUCCAUCUUUUCGUCUUCUGAACGCAACUUGUAACAAUAGCCUUCAGUACUUGAUGGAACAUCACUCCACCACAUUUAAUGAGUGCUCAUGUUUGCCAUAUUUAUGGUGGAGUCUUUGACUUUUUAUGACCAAUUUAUCCAAAACAUGUAUAGUGGCGACACUUUCUUCGCUUCCUCAGUAAACACUCAUCAUAGAUUUCACCUUU